GAGGGCGACGUCUUCUUCACCAUUUCAUUUGGUUUGUGACGCCUGGUCGGCUGCGUCGGUGUCAGUACGCGCCCCGGUGUCGGUAUACGCGGUGUCCGCACCACCUCGGUCGGUUCUCUUUAGGGUCCAGUGCUCGCGCAUUCGUGCCGUGCAAUUGCGGGACAGUUUAGUUGCGUGCAACCAUACAACUCAGCUCACCGUGUCAACAUUGGAACUUCAAGUUGAAACAAUCGGGAAAAAUCCCGAGUGGAUAAAUCUUUGCGCCCACAUCUGAAGAGUUGAAUCUUCGUCAAUAUGGUUGCCAAGGCGCUGGGCGUAGCGCCUUUAGCGCUUUUACUUCUGCAAGCGACAUCUGUAGUCAGUCGAAUCGCGUUUGAAAAACUGACAGAUGUUGACUUUGUGGGCACUUCGUAUUACACAGUACGCAACCUUUCAUUGUACGAGUGUCAGGGCUGGUGUAGAGAGGAGAAUGAUUGUCAAGCAGCAGCCUUUAGUUUCGUACUCAACCCACUUACGCCAGUGCAAGAAACACUUUGUUUGCUCCAAAAUGACACACAAGCGAACAAUCCUAUGGCCACUCCACAGCGUGCAGUGAAUACGUAUUACAUGGUGAAGCUGCAAGUUAGGACGGAGAGUGUGUGCCUACGCCCGUGGGCGUUCGAGCGAGUGCCCGGCAAGGCGCUGCGAGGUCUGGACAAUACUAUUAUCUACACCUCUACGAAGGAGGCCUGCCUCGCCGCCUGUCUCAACGAGAAACGUUUCCCGUGCCGGUCCGCGGAGUAUGAAUACGGCAGCAUGCGCUGCGCUCUCAGUGACUCCGACAGACGGACUGCCCAGCACUUUGUGCAGCUCGUCGAUACCCCUGGCACAGACUACUUCGAAAACUUGUGCCUUAAGGGGUCGCAGGCGUGUAAAGGGUCGAGGGUAUUCACCGUCCCUCGCGUGGGAGUCGCCGAGGACAAAGUGGCACAGUACGCCGGCCUGCAUUAUUACACCGACAAGGAAUUACAGGUGACGUCAGAGGCAGCUUGCCGGUUAGCUUGCGAGAUUGAAUCAGAGUUCCUCUGCCGUUCCUUCUUGUACCUUGGUGCACCUCAUUCGUCUGCCUACAACUGCAGACUGUACCAUCUUGAUCAUCACACGUUACCUGAUGGACCAUCUGCUUACCUGAACGGUGAGAGACCGCUGAUAGAUGACGGUGAACCUACGGGGAAAUACUUCGAGAAUUACUGCGAAAAGCCACCUGCGAGUCCGUCCGGCGAGUUGCCAGUUACAAUCGAUCAUCAGCAAGAUGAAACCAGCGUUCAAAGCAACCUUACGAGGAACGAUGCAAACUGUGACAAAACUGGCACAUGCUAUGAUGUAUCCGUUCACUGCAAAGACACCAGGAUCGCAGUACAAGUUCGCACAAACAAGCCUUUCAACGGUCGCAUCUACGCCCUCGGUCGUUCUGAGACUUGUAACAUUGAUGUCGUCAACAGCGACCUCUUCCGUCUCGACCUCACCAUGGCUGGACAGGAUUGUAACACUCAGAGUGUCACCGGUGUGUAUUCUAACACAGUAGUUCUGCAACAUCACAGCGUUGUCAUGACAAAAGCGGAUAAGAUCUACAAAGUGAAAUGUACCUAUGACAUGAGCUCGAAGAAUAUAACAUUCGGAAUGGUGCCAAUCAGAGACCCGGAGAUGAUUUCAAUCACGGCCGCCCCCGAGGCUCCUCCUCCACGCAUUCGCAUCCUGGACGGGCGCGAGCGCGAGGUGGAAACCGUGCGCAUCGGAGACCGUCUCACCUUCCGUAUCGAAAUACCCGACGACACUCCAUACGGCAUCUUCGCACGAAGCUGCGUCGCCAUGGCCAAGGACUCAAAGAGCACGUUCACAAUCAUCGACGAUGAAGGGUGUCCAGUGGAUCCUUCAAUCUUCCCAGGUUUUACACCAGACGGUAACGCACUUCAGUCCGUGUACGAAGCUUUUAGAUUUACCGAAUCCUACGGAGUUAUCUUCCAAUGCAACGUCAAAUACUGCCUCGGGCCUUGUGAACCGGCGUUGUGCGAAUGGGGCAGAGAAUCUUUGGAGUCUUGGGGAAGAAAGAGGCGUUCGCUGCCGGCAAACGAAACCGAAGAGUCGAGAAAAGAGGAGAAUAUGAACAUCUCACAAGAAAUCCUCGUCCUAGAUUUUGGUGAUGAAAGACAGAGCACAGAUUUCCUCCGUUCUGAUAAGCCUGGCGGUACAGCGUCUGAAGCUAACUUUGGGGAGAAAACAGUAACAAUUGUGGAGCCGUGCCCAAGCAAAUCAUCGGUGUUGCUUUUGGGCGUCGCCUGCGCACUUCUCGUUCUACUCUACAUCGCCACAAUCUUUUGUUACUACAUGCGCAAAUGGCUGACCCCGCCAAAACACAUGUCGUAAUGUCAUCAUGUCAGAUUUUGAGGUUAUGAGGAUUCUAGUGUUUUUAUUGCUAAGCGCUGGAUUUACAUCAAUUUGUGAUACAUUUGACUGAUAAUCGCAAUAAAUAGAAAAACGAACGAAUUGAACUUUUAGGAAUUGAUUAAAAUAAUUGGCAUUGGAUAUCAACCACCGGAAUUUAGCAUUUACAAAAAUGGUAAAAUAUUGCAUUUGAAUGCAUUUAUUAUGUUUAAGUAUUUGCUUAUUAUUUGUAUCAACUGGCUUUUUAUAUACAAAAUAUUAAUUUUAUAGUCGUGACUAAUUUUACAGCAAACUAGUUAGUUAUUUAAGCUAAAAAAUAGUUUAGUUUUGGACAAUGCAUUUAUUAAUAUUAGUUAGACUAAUUUUGGAUGAACAAAAGUAUGUACAACUAUCAUAAAUAUUAUAUUAGGUGAAAAAUGUACUUUGGAAUAAUCCCUAAGAAAUUUCAGUCAUUGUAUGGAUUAUUAAUAAUUUUAGGGGAUUAUUCUGAAAAUUAAAUUAUUGGAUUUCGUAUUAAAUACUUUAGGUAAUAAUUAGAUAUAUAAGAAUUGCAUACAAUCAUUUAUCACACUAUGUAGUAACAUCUUAUGUUUUGUAACUCAUUAGGAAACUAAUAGAUUUGUAAAUAUACUGUAUCCGUCCAUUUGGCGUUAAACAGUAAAGCUCUCAUUGAACUUUCAGUUGGGUUUUGAUGAAAUGUCAAGAAUAAAGAAAAAAUAAUAAAGAUGGACAAACAAAAAAAAAUGAGACUCAAAGUCAUAUUUACAUUUCACUCAACCCAACUUGAGAUUUCAUAAAUUAUUUAGAUUAAUAUACUAUUUAUU